CAUAACACGGCGCCCAGGCCCAUCUCAUUCGCCUGCCACCACCAUGUCCAAGAAACGCGUCUCCUACUACUACGACCCCGACGUCGGAGCGUACACAUAUGGCCUCGGACAUCCCAUGAAGCCCCAUCGAAUGCGGGUCGCCCACGAUCUCAUCACUGCGUACGAAAUGUUACCCAAGAUGCACGUCCUGAAACCGCCACGCGCAUCACCCGAAGCCAUGACCUCCUUUCAUACCGACGAAUACGUUCACUUCCUCAACCGCGUUACACCUGAAACGUCCGAGGAGCUGACGUACCACGGAACACGUUUCCUCGUUGGAGAAGACAACCCUCCAUUCGAAGGCGUCUUCGAAUUCUGCUCAAUAUCAGCCGGAGGUUCCAUGGCCGCCGCACGUCGUAUAACCUCCGGUGCCUCCGACAUAUGCAUAAAUUGGGCCGGAGGACUUCACCACGCCAAGAAACGCGAGGCGUCCGGUUUCUGCUAUAUCAACGACAUUGUUCUCGGGAUACUCGAACUUUUACGUGCAUAUCCCCGCGUCCUAUACGGUGACGGCGUCGAAGAAGCCUUUUAUACCACCGAUCGAGUGAUGACCUGCAGCUUUCACAAGUACGGCGAAUACUUCCCCGGUACGGGCACUCAAGAAGACAAGGGACGAGGAAAAGGCAAAGGAUACGCCGUCAACGUUCCAUUAAAGGACGGGAUCACAGACGAGUCCUUCCAAAGUAUAUUCGAACCGGUCGUUGACAAAAUACUCGAAGUCUUCCGACCGAACGCUGUCGUUCUCCAAUGUGGCGCAGACUCUCUUUCAGGUGACAAGCUCGGUUGCUUAAAUCUGACGAUGCAUGGACACGCCCAUUGCGUCCAAUUUCUACGCAAGAAAAACGUACCUCUCAUACUCCUCGGUGGAGGCGGCUACACUGUUAAAAACGUUGCACGGACAUGGACGUACGAAACAGCCUGUGCGCUAGGCAUAGAGGACACCAUCGACCCAAACCUUCCCUGGAACGAAUAUUUCGAAUGGUUCGGUCCUCGAUAUCGCCUGGAGGUCGUAGCAAGCAACAUGGAAGAUAUGAACGUCAAAGACGGAUCUUUGGAGCAAGUUCGGAUAAACGCUCUAGAGCACCUCCGAGAACUUAACAGCGCUCCCUCGGUCGGCAUGCACGACACGCCUAAAGAGAGCUUGCUCGAGCAUCUUGGUUUCGGCAAAGAAAGUGAUACCCAAGACAAACUGGACGAACGUCUAGCUCAACAUACGCGCUUCGUGUACAAACUCCAAGAAUCCGACACAGCUUCAUCCUCAUCAGACGAUGAAUCGUGGGAUUCUGACGAAUCCACCGGACGAAGGCGCCAUCGUCGGCGGCAGAAACAGCGCAUGAGCCUACUCACAGGGCAAUACUUUGACGUUGCCCACAACCAACAAUCACGGAGGAAGUUCUUCCAGAGCAGGGUGGUGUUUGACGAUACGUGGCAGAGGGUCAAGUUGGUUCAGGAGCUCGGGCUGGGAUUUGGGGUGAGCGAGCUGGCGGGGAUUAUGGAGAGGGGAGGAGGGACGGAUGUGGAUGGGGAGGAGGAUGAUUGGAUAGAGAUGGAUCCGUGACUGGCACUGCUCCCUUUGUAGAUAUACUCGUGUACUCUGCUUUGUUAUGUGUAUUGUUAACGUGAUCGUAUUCGCUGUAAUCCAGGUUCGAGGAAAUUGUUAAAUGUCGCUUUUUCCUAAUUGUUUAGGAGCAUUUCAAAUGUACCUCGGU